UUCAUACUGUAGGAAUGGCAACUAAAAGGAAGCGAAGCAAAGAUGGACCUCAGUACGGACGAGAACCUGAGGAAUCUUGUGAAGAAAGGCCAGGAACUAUUGGAUAAGCCUGUUAGAAGUUUAAAUUUGGAGACUGGGCGUCCUGAGACAGUGAAGAACGACUGCACAAACAGGAUGGCAUUGACUAAAAUGGCUGAACGACUCUCCAAGGAGAAGAAGUUGAGGGAUAAACGGAGCGCAUCUUCUGCACUUUCUAUGAAUGGCCAUAGUGUUGGAAUAAACAUCUGAACUUCUUUCUUCCAUUCCAAUCACACCUUACGCUAGAAUUUUGUGUAUAAUUUUUAAUUAAAAAACAUAUCAGGGUGUUGGUGAGCCACACAGCUGAUUUGUGUAAUGGUAAACACAGCAAUUCAAGAUUUAGCUGUGUUUUUGCCAACUAAUAGAUGCCAUUUCAUUCUGUUUUUUUUUAUAGCUAAAUUAUUAUUUUAUGUUCUCCAAAUAUUAAUAGCGUUGCAGUUGUGGACAACAAGGCAAUGUAAGUUUUAUAUUCGUUCCAAAAGUGCUUGGAGUGGAUGCAUAAACGUUCCCUACAGCACUUAGUUGGGCCUCUUCAAGGAAUUGUCUUAUUAUUGUAUUCUUUACUGAUAACAUUGUAUUCGGGGAA